AUGUUCAAUAACGGAGCUGGAGAUUUGGUCCUACACUUCAUCGCACAGUGCAACUCACAGCUGACAGAGAUCCUGGCUGAACAACACAACCAGGUCCAGCUGGGCCAGGCAGAACCAAAGAAGACUGCUGAAUUUCUAAGAGAUGCUGUAGAGACCAGACUGAGGAUGUACAUCCCGUACAUUGAAUCAUGGCCACAGGCUAUGAGCAUCCUGCUCCUUCCUCACAACAUCCCAGACAGCCUGAAGCACCUUUCCACCCUGGUGGAUGACAUCUGGUACUAUGCCGGAGACCGAUCCACAGACAUGAACUGGUACACCAAACGGGCAGCGCUGACAGGCAUCUACAACACGACAGAGCUGGUGAUGGUCCAGGAUUCCUCUCCAGAUUUCCAAGACACCUGGAACUUCCUUGACAACCGGAUUCAGGAUGUAGUCAACAUGGCCACCACAGCCAAACAGGUACAGUCGACUGGUGAAGCAGUGGUGCAGGGAAUCAUGGGAGCUGCUUUCACACUGAAGAACCUCACGGGAUUGAACCAGAAACGAUGA